AAUUUCGACUCAACGUCAUCUCGUUCCACACAAUUCAGGCAAUGGGAGAGCAAGCAGCUUCUGGGAUACGCUUUCAAACGGUUUGACUCUCCAAGUUUGAUAUCGUGCGGUCAACAGUGUCUGAGAAACCAACUUUGCUCUUCAACAAACUUCAAGUGGUCCUCCUCUAAGAAGGACGGCGAAGGAACUUGUGAGCUGAACGAGCACAAGUUUUCCUUUAUUGAGGAAAAUGUUAGCUUUGUCCAUCAGGAAGAUGUAACGUUUUCCAUGAAGGUAAUUCAACUUUUAGUUUUUGUAAAGGUUAAGGCGAACGUUGAUCAGUAUUGUCUAAUAUUUUAAUUAAAAAAAUUCCCUUUGUUAUAUUCUUCAGAUCAUCGAGAACUUGGACAACUAAAAUUUUGCGGGUGUAAACUUCUCCAAUUUUCCUGUGAGACACCUUGCAAUUGCCAUUUGUGUAUAUAAUCCGACUUAUAUACCAUAUUCUAUAUUGUACAUUACUUUUCACUACAGGCCAAACCAUCAUUUUUACCAGAUAAUUAGGGGGGUUUGCCAAUUUAGGACUUCCAUAGCAAGCAGCUGAUUGAUGUUUACACUCAGAAAGUUCGGAUCUCUUUAAGAGGCUGUCUCUCUUAUUUCCACCCGGUCAAUUUUGCGUCAAAAAUAAUAUUGCCUGAAACUCUGUCAACAGAAAGACUUUACCUAGACUUUACCUAGGAAUUAGAUUUGGUUUGAUUCGAAAUAAUUUUCUGACUGCAUUUGGGGCCAUAAUUAUUUCACAAUCCGUAGGGACCGUCGCAACGUCUCGAAAAUUGAAAAGUAGGCAUUUUGUAACAUUGUAAAAUAUUUGAUUCGCAUAGUUAAGCCCCAGAAUUUAUAUCAGAUUGCUUAAAAACCUUUCAAGUUUGCCAAGAAAGUUAGAAUUUUCCCUCUCAAUAUUUUUGAAAAGGCGAAUUCUAGCAUAUUCUGACCACUAGAAAUCUCCAUCGGCCGAUGGCCGUAAAUAACCUUGAUUUAGACCUUAAGUUUUGGGAUUUGGGACCUGGUUGACGGCUCUAUUUUACACAGCCGUUGAGUUUAGACCUUUAUAGUCAAAAAUAUACAAAACCCCUGUACGUUUUUGUUUUUUCAAAAGUUAUGACCGUUUGAAUCAGCACAUGUACGAGCAUUCGCGAUUUUUUCACCUACACCAAAAUCGAACCACUGGAGCAGAUUUCGUCAUAAAUACAGCUUACCUUCGUCACAUCUUGGGUUUAUGUGAAAUUUCAGAUAUUCCUCGCUCCCCAAACUGGUGAACUUUAUGAUAACUCCAGCAAAUAACUCCAAACUGCGGCGGUCGGCAUCUAUCGAUACUCUUCUUUGACUCGUUGUUGCGAACUAAACUCGAAAACUAAAGCCAUGUUUCGCGCUUAAUGUCCCGUUGGAACUUUGGAUUGCAGCUGCAUUUUCUUCAAGAAUCAGUCAUAGCACUCCACUUGUAGGUCUAUGUGUCGAGGUUUGGGGGCUAAAAUUGGAAUUUAAAGCUGGACGAUCGCACUAUCGCGCAUAAUAGAGGUCCGUAUUAACUAUUGCGGGUAAACCCGUUGUCCCUCAUAUAAAAAGUCAACUGUAACUGGUUUUUGGCAGUUUCGGAGAAAAUUUUUUGUAUUACCAUUAAAUUGUAACACGUAACACCCUUGGCCCCAGUUGUUCAAGGGGCGGAUAACGCUAUCCACCGGAUAUAUCGCUAUUCAGCGGAUAAGUGCCAACAAAACGUACUGCGCUAUCCAACGGAUAGAGAUUUAUUGAACAGAUAGCUUUAUCCACCAUUUGAACAACCAGAGGUUAAAAGAUAUUUUUAAGUCAUUUAGCUAGUUCCCAGUCGCUCACGACACCGCAGCCAUUGACGGGUAACUUCCAAUUUAUACAAAAUUAACCAAUCACAUCAUUGGAAACGAACAACUAUCCAACGUAAAUUCAAAUGUGCCAGUCUCUGUUUAGAUACCAAAAAAAGCACAGACGAUCAGGAAUUUUUGUAGAACUCGUAGCUCGUCUCCUGUAAUCUGAUUGGUCGGUUUUUUUGUAAUGGCACUUAUAAUAAAUCUUUUUUCUUUUUGUUACAAAUAUCUACGUGUGAUUUCAGUGUUUUUGUUUUAAUUGAUUUCCAUCUUUUACCGGUCCGGAAGGAUUGCCCACUUGAUUGGAUUGUGUUUGGACGCUCAUGUUAUCUCCUUUUCUACAACACUACCCCGAAUUGGAGCGAUGCACAGAGUAUCUGUCAAACUCAUGGGGUACACCUACCCAUUCUUCAUAUCUACAGGAGAUUUGUUCAGUUGCCUGUGAUUAAAUACACCCAAGUUUAAAGCUGAGUGUUGUGUUAAUAUGGACCAUAAUGCAUUACUAAAAUUAAACUUGCUAUGAACUCACAUUACUAUGGUGAGAAACAUGUUAACAAUCUAUUGUACCAGGUUGUAACAAAUAUUUUAACCUGAGUGUUCAAACGGCCGAAAGCAAGUAGUAAAAGAUGUAGCUUUUUCUGUUUGCAGCCAGUUGUCAAUAGUCAUUAAUGGCCUGUGCGUGAUUUGCGUGAUCAUUUGACCCAUCGGUGGAAAUAACAUUUCCCCUCCACUUCUUUUAAUCAUAGUUAUAGCAUGGUUAUGGUCAUGGUUAUAGUUUGUACGCUGCUAUGAGUUAUACUGUCAUCGUUUCAUAAUGGUCUCUCUAUGAUUAAAGAUUUCUAAGUUUUUAUUCCAUUAUUAAUCAACCCUGUUCGUCGUUUGCCCACAUUCGAAAGAGACAUAUUUAACAUAUUCUGUGUUCAGUGGAAACCUGCUUCUAUUUAGUUCGAUUUAAAAGUUCACUUGCAUGAACGGCACAUCACAUAAUUGACAACUCAUCUAUUUUAGGUGAAAAAUAUUGAAAGAUAUAACAAAGUUUAUUUUUAGAUUAAUCAUGCUAAACAAAUAAAAAAAUUCUCAUUACUAGAAGAGCAUAAUUAUUAUUUUUGGUAACUGUUGAUGAAGCAGCUCAAGAAAAUGGCCUGCAUUGACAUAAGAGUCUCAAAAAUCUUGGUUAUGACCGCUGGAAAAUGUCAUUGUAGAAAAGUCUACAUUAUUUGAAUACUGUGCAGAUCGGUCAGGUUUUAAGGGAUUGCGUGGUUUUCAUGUAAUCAUUGAGCCUGCACCCGUACAUCAGGUUAAAAGUUUUUAAUUGCAUUGUCCUUUGCUUUCGAGUUUCUCGUUUAUUGGGUGCAUUUUGUUAACAGUCAAAUAUCUGGGUUUUUUUAUGAAGAUCUAGCGAUACUUAAAACAAAAUAAACUCAGAUGUGGCUUGUCAAAGGAACAGUUUAUUAGUCAUGUACCGAGAAAGAGAAAAAAAAUACUCAUUUAUCUAACGACGGCGCAGCUUCGCUAUCUCUCUCUACAGUCUACUGAUCGUGAACUCUCAUUUAUGCAUAUAAAAUGCCUUAUUUCAAACUCAAAAUCUCCUCUUAUUUCUUACUUUAAAGCGUGUCUCGCCGUAUCUUUUUAUUCAUUUUUCUUCAACUGUUUUGUCAGUAGCAAAUUUCAAUUGAGUGAGAUUUGAAAAAGUAUUUUCGUGGGUUAAAAUGAAACCUUUAAAGGACAAAUGUCAUUGUUUAAUCACACUAAGCGGCACUUCUGUAAGUUUUAGUUUCUCCAGACAGUGCAUGGAUGCCCACCGUCUGCAUCACUUAUCAUUCCACUGUGGAAGAAAAACUAAUGGAAAACUUAAGUCUAUGGCACCUGCAUAUUCAUAAGACUCACCACCCAGCUGCAUAAGCUCUACUAGUUCGUGUUUUAACUGUCUAUCUCUUUCUGCUCGUUUCCUUGUUUAAAACCAAAACAAUCGUAAGUUGAACUUAACGUAACAAAGAACAAGUUUACUACGCAGAGACCAAACAUUUUGUGAUUUUAGUGUUCUUUGUCCGUGAGCAGUGCAGUAAUUUGGUGGCAGCUUUUCAACAUCUGCUUCCUCGUUUUUGCCAUAUUAGGUUAGGUUUCAUUGACAGUCAAUUAUUAUUUUUUCAAAGAAACUGAAAAUUUAGGCUCGGACAUCCCUCAGAAGCAUUCAAUCUGUCACGUAUCGUGAAGAAGAAAGAAUAACUUUCUCUCCCCUGCAACCUAAAGUCUCCAUCAACACAGGUAACGUUCUUUGGUUGCAGAUGGCUCAGUGGAAAGCCAUACUUUUGUUAUUGUCAGUUCAAACUCCAUCAGUUUCCGUUACCAACGAUAAUUUCGACUCAACGCCAUCUCGUUCCUCACAAUUCAGGCAAUGGGAGAAUAAGCAGCUUAACAUUUAACAUUUCCCCUCCACUUCAUUUAAUUAUUGUUAUGGCAAAAUUAUUUUUUAUUUAAACUAGUAUAUCACUCGAAGAUAGUUUGUUUAGAUCAUUAGCUGUCACGUACAACCCCUUCAUGUUCAUUGUUAUGAUAGUAUUUUGGAAAUGACAUGAUCUGAUUUUUUGUCAACUUCUAUUUACCAAUAGGAUUGCCUGCAAGGUUGGUUUCGUCAUGAGAAUUCAUGCUACCUUAUUCAUAACACUCCUACUCCAAGAUGGAACGAUGCACUCACGUUUUGUCAAAAUCACCGGGCACAUCCGCCGAUAAUCAAAUCUGUCGAGGAGAACGACUUCAUAUUUCGCCUUAUGAAGAGCCAACCAGACGGGAGAGAUCGUAGUGCAUGGAUUGGACUGAACAGAAAAAUGGACGAUAAGUUUUAUUGGAUGGACGGUACUCCAUCAGCGGGCCGGUUCUCAGCAUGGGCGCAGGGAGGACCAAACCUCCGUCACGAAAAAUGUGUUUUUAUAUUCACCAAAGAAGAUCGACAAAAAAAUUGGUUCGACUUUUCCUGUACUUAUGACGGUAGACCUCGGUUUCUAGUUCCAGUGGUUCUAUGCCAAAAAAGUAUUUUAUGA